AUGGAUACAACUGCUAACGAAGCCGCUCAAGUGGUAGCAUUAAUGGAAUCAGGGAUGCGUCAAUGUGAUGUUGCACGGCAACUAAACUUGAGCCGUUUUGCCGUUCGACGAGUUUUCCAACGUUAUCAAGAGACUGGUGGCUUUAUCCGGAGGCAUGGAUCAGGCCGACAACGCUGCACAACGGACAGAGAUGAUCGUUUUAUUGUCUNUGUAAAAAAUUAUACGGAAGAGGUUGGGAUCCCUGUUAUGAACUGGCCAGCGAGAAGUCCAGACCUAAACCCAAUUGAGCACCUCUGGGACGAAUUAAAACGAAGAGUGCGGUCACAUGAUCCUGCCCCAACAACCCUCCAAGAUCUUCAAUAUGCUGUUGUUGCGGAAUGGGUGAACAUUCCUCAAGAACGCAUCGUACGACUCAUAACUUCUAUGAAAGAUCGUAUGGAAGCAGUAAUUAAGGCAAGAGGAAGUAGCACUAGAUUUUAA